AUGGCCGACACUGACGAUACCGGUGGUCCCUCCGUUUCAGAGCCUCUGGACCUCGUCCGUCUCUCUCUCGAUGAAACUGUGUUUGUGAAGCUCCGUGGUGACCGUGAGCUUAAGGGCCGCCUUCAUGCCUACGAUAGUCACUGCAACCUGGUUCUCGGCGAUGUGGAAGAGACAAUCUACGUGGUAGAGGAGGAUGAGAAUGAGCAAGAAAUUCUGCGGACAAUCAAGAAGCAAGAAGAGAUGCUUUUCGUGCGAGGUGACUCCGUCGUCUUGAUCUCCCCCCAGGCAUGA